ACAAAAUGGCUACAGAUGAGAAAGUUCCACUUCUCAAUGAUGAUGUUGACGAUGUGCCCCAGUACUCCUCACGGAAUCUUGUCCCACAUUCAUUGGGACCACAUCCAGAAAUUGACAAAUUGACGAUUACUGCGAGUACCAGUGGUCUCUCAAUUGCAGAAAAGGACUCAAUUGUCGCCAUAUUUGUCGUUGCGUUUGACACAAGAUCUGGUAACAUCAUAGAGUGGUGUGUUCCAGAGGAUACAGACUUGGAUGGUGUGGAGUUCAAAGCUAUGACCAGCGGUUCCCAUACGCUGGACAGUGAUUUCGUGUACUUUCGCAAAGAGAAUCUCUUUGGUUUAUCUUGUUUUGAAAACAUGAAGGUUGAGAGCGAAAUAGAAAGAGGAGCUCGUAUGAAGUCUGUAGGCAUUCUGGCUCUGUCAUACACUACGUUAUACAGGCAUAUGCAGUUUUUAGAGACGCAAGUCAGACAUCAGCUAGAGACCCCUGGCAACUACUCUCAGUUGCUGGCUUUCUACAACGACAGGAAGGGUAUUCUUCCCUAUGACCAGACAUCAGAAACCUUGCGUGCUUCUCCUGUACCUUCCACCUCCUCCACUCCUGUGAGAGAACUCCUACCAGAAAUGAAAAUAACCCAUCCAGCUGGAUGUUUCAAUCAGUUCAUCAAGUUUUUUGGGGAGCAGAUCUUUGUUCUGUGGAAGUUUGCUUUGUUACAACGGCGGAUCAUAUUCUUCUCCCCUCCUCCUAUUGGAGUGGUGUGCUACAGAGUGUACUGCGCCUGUUGCCUGGCCAACCAUUCUAUCAUGAACCUUAACUGCAUCGAGCUGAAGCCCCACUUCUACGUCAAUGUGGCUGACAUUGAGGCCCUGGAAAAUGAGGUCUCCUUUGUUGCAUGUACAACGGAGAAGAUUUUUGAGUCAAAGACACAUCUGUACGAUAUAUACGUUGACAACCAGAUGGUGAGGACGUCCUCAAUAGCUCUCCGAGAUCUACUCAAAGUCAGUGAUGCAGACAGAGAAAAGCUGACCAAGCUCAAUAACCAGAGAACAGCUCACAAAUUCUCUGCCGAUGAGUUGGGGGAGGAAGCCAAUGAAGAGGAGGUUAUCACCAGUUUCUUCACAGAGAUGAACGAACGGCUGUUUCAAACAUUGCUGGACAUCUCCCAGUCUCAGGAUCGUCAGCUGACCUCUGAUCAUAUGAAGAGCAUCGGCCUUGACCCCAUUGGUGACCGCGCCUUCCUCAUGGAGCUGGUGGAGCAUUAUGGGAUUGAUGUGGUGCUCAUGGUGGACAACCCAUGCUGCCCCAAGUAAAGACAAAGUUGUUAAAAUGAUAAGGGAGAGUUUUUCCGGCUUAGUUUUUAAAAAAAAUGCAUUUUGUUUGUUAUGAUAUGUUAAAGGUCAUGGUGAUGGGACUGAGUCUGGUCGAUGAAGGAGCUGCUACUGCCUGAAUAGAAAAUGAUGAUGCAGGCGUUACCAACUUUGAAUUUGAUUGUGUCUUGAUGUUGAGACUAGUUAUACAAUGAUUUGGUUCAUUAGUGGAUUCAGGAUUCAAUCCUUGCUGUCUGAAUAGAAAACAGUCAGACGUGUUGCUCAGACUUGUUCUUUUUCUUUUUUUUUUUCUUUUCAUAUUUGACAUGGAGUUCUGAGGUCAUAGAAUUGAGUGUGCUCACAGAGUCAGUUUUUUUAAGUUUACCUCAUUGGGAUUGUCUGGUGAGACAUUUGGAAUUCUAGAAGUUUCAGGAACGCGCAUCACAGACUCACAGGCCAGUUGUUGUAAUAACAUAUUGCUCCUAACAUCAUAUACGCAUCUUCAGUUCCUGUUUCCUUGUCCCACACACAGAUAUAAUGAUAAUCCAGUGAAAAUUUCUUCUCUGUUGCCUGUGUUUGGUGUGUUUCUUUGUUUCUGAUUAUUUUAUAAUGGGUUUUUUUUUUGGUUUUUUUAACUGGACAGCCUAUGUAUGGCUUUAUAAAUGCUUGUGGUUUGAUUAGAGAACGAUUUAUGUGUACUGGAAAGAAGACAAGCCUAGCCUUCAAUUCACCUCUGCUACGGUUGUUCUUACUUUGAUUUGGCUGUGGACGAUGUUGAAGAUUUGAGGUAAAGAAAAACUUUCAUAUGUUCUAUAAUAUGUGUGGACUGUAUGUGGGUUGUGUAAACACAGCGGAGUGUGUGCCUGGUAUGAAUAAUCAAACUCUAUUGUCGGAUAUUGCCUUAAUAUAAUUGUGUUCCAAUUAUUUUCGACUUAUAUUGGAAAUAUUUGCUCAAGUCUUUUUUUCAUCAUCCACCAUUCUGAGAACUGAUUCCAAAAAGAUUUAAGUUGAAAUAGAAAGGAAAGUACCGUAUUUCAAACUGUAUAUUGCUUUUUUUUGGAACAAUGUAUGACAUAACCUACCAGAACAAUGUUUACCAGUUAUUAUUUUCAGGUAUCUUUUGUGUAUUGUAGCUCUUUAAAAAUGCUAUGUUUAUUGUAGAAAACGUCAUGUCAACAUAUCAAAUAGUGACGAAUAUUUUAUAGCGCGUAGGACAUCUUAUAGCUGCUUGUCACUGGGUCUCAACAGUUUGCUUAUGGAAUUAUAUGAAAAAGCAUAGAGUUCGUAUUGGCAAUACGUAAGAGCCUUGUCAUCAGACUCAGAAUCUCUAUAUCAGAAUCCACUGUUUUGUUUGUUUUAUUGUUUCAGGAUGUGUUGUGAUUUUAUUUGUGUUUGGCUUUAUUUUCUUUCUAUGUAUGUUGUAGUUUAGUUGUUUUGUUGGAGGAUUUGAGCCUGGAUUUCAAGCUGAAUAAAAAUGAAGUUCUGGGACUUUUAUUCCAACUGUUUGUAGCAGCAUUGAUAAAUAAAUGGUGUGAAAUCUUCUCUUCAUAUUAAAUCCCCUUGGAUUGCAGUUGUGACAUACCAAUGUAUGUGAAAUUAUUGUCCAGUACAAAUAAUACUCAUGAUUAUUUGAAGAAACAGUUUUUAGAAGAGACAGUGAAAUUUCUGUCAAUUUAUACAUUUUAAUAACUGCAAAUUCUUUUGAUAAUUACAACAAAAGAAAUACUCAGAAUCAUUAAUUUUCUGUCAUGAUGUUCUUGUCUUCAAGUAAUGAAAAAGUGGGUUUGUGAUACCCAGUCUGAUCCUAAGUGCUAGUAGCCCGGACUGUGUUGUAUUGUUUUAAACUUUAUUUUACAGUUUCUGUUAAAAGAAUGAAGAAUGAAUAAUAGCAUCAGUUAAUAUUUUUCUGCUGUGAGUUUCAUUUUGAUCCUUUACCUAUGUUUAGGUGAGAACUUAAUCAAUAUUUGAAAGAAUUCCAAGUAUACUUAUAUCAAAAUUAAAAUCUUCUGUGAAUGUUCCCCUAGUCUGUCAGAACACAUUUUGCUCUAUGAAAUAAUUAUCAAAAUGAGCUUCCCGUGUGUUAAAAAGAAUCAAAUUAAUUAAUGGCUUUAGAGAUCAAGUUUGUUUGGAGUGUUAGUGUUAGUUUAGGAUUGUCAUCGGAUUGCCUGUACCAUUGCAAAGCCAGGAGUUGAAUGUUAUUUUUUCUUUGAAGUUAUACACUUGACAUGUUGAAUUUAUGUUUUAAGAUUGGUUGUGAAUGUUUGCUGAUGUUGGGAAAAACAAAUUCAAGUCUUAAGUCUUGGUCAGUUAUUUUGGCAUUUCAAGCUUCAGGAAUCUGAAUCAGGCUUUGUGUUUUUAGUCUGCUCAGAUUUUUAUUUUUUUUAGUUAUGUGUGUGGGCUAAGAGUACCUUUAACUGCUGAUGUGCUUAAAUUAUCUCAUUUUUUAACUUUAUUUUAUACAAAUGUUUAUCUCAGUGUGAGAAUUGAAGAUUUUGAAUUUAGUUGUUGAAUGUCACCAUCUGUUUGAGUUUGUUGAAGUAUGUUAGUAUUCAAUUUGCUUUCUGUGUAACUAAGAAAUCGUCGCUAUUGUGUAUCUAGUGGCUUUACUAAUGCGAUUCUUUGUCCUCACAGAUUACAGGUCUUACAAAUUUUGUGAAAGUUGUGUGGUUUGACACUCUCUUUACUUUUCUGAAAUGAUGGCGGUGUAGUCUCAGCUACAUCUGAGCAUGUCAAGCCCAGGCAGGUGAAACCCAAUUUCCCAUUGUUUGAGAUCUUGGGUGGGAUUUUUUCUUUAUUUUUUUCUUUGUAUUUUUCUUAGAUAUGGAGCUCAAACAAAAGUAUGAAAAUAUACAGUUUGAUAAAUCUUGUUCUAUGAGGGUGAUCAAAUAUAGGAUUGAUGAGCCAGUGAUUAAGCUUUGGUUAUCUCUUACCCUGACUCUGGCCUGUGGCAAAAGUAGGAACUGUUGUGAGAAUUAUCAUACAGUGCAGCCUCUCUAUACUGACAUACUUUAUAUAUAGCGACACAGGGUCUAGGUCCCGAUUAAACUCACUAUAAAGACAUAAUGUGAGUAAAACCCAUGUAUAGCGACGUCGAUAUGGUGAUAAUUAACAACUUGAAAUUGACUGUGAAGACAAUAUUUCUGGUCCAAUGAAAACGCUUGCUUUUCGACCAGUGAAAACGCAUGACAAGCCGACCAAUGAUAUUCACUCCCCUCAGGGCCUGUCGUCGGGUAUAAGAGACAGCGCUAUUGACCCGCUAUCAGUAUCUCUGAUCGCUAGUCACCAAAAAUCAUCACGAUGUCUCUGUUUAUAAACAAACUUUAAAAAAAAAAAAA